AUGCCUUCUUUUGCGGAGCCGAGGAUGGGUGCCAUCGCUCGGAUCGAGCCGGGCGGAACAACAAAACGACGAGUCGCGGAAGACAGCCAAUUCUUCGACCACCUCGUGGACUUAAUACCGUUGCGGCAUUACCUCCCGUCGCAAGCUGACUCUGUCGCCCUGAAGUAUGAGAAGGUGGAGGGCGGCAAGGCGGAGGCGAAACGGGCCGCUAAGGAGCAGUCGAAGAAAGCCAAGAGGCUCAAGAUUCGGAGACUAAAUCCCGCUGUUGGAGCAGCACCAGAUUCUGAGGCGGGGUUUGGGGUUUAA